GGUGGGAUCAAGAGUGUCCAGGUGCCCAGGGAUCCCCAGAAAAUCUCGGGUUCCAAAACCCAGACCUGUGGGCCUUCUGACUCCAGCUCUGCUGCGUGGCCUUGGGCAAGCGGCAGACCAUCUGAGCGUCAACGUGAAGUGGGCUGGCGAGGAGGCAGAUUGGAACAUCAGUUAACGGCUGACUACUGCCAGUCACUCCUCUUUCACCCACAUCAAUCAUACCUCUGGGCUCCAGAGAGAAAGCAGGUCUUGGAGCGCACCAUGAUUUCACCCUUCUUAGUGCUGGCCAUUGGCACCUGCCUUACCAACUCCUUAGUGCCAGAGAAAGAGAAAGAUCCCAAGUACUGGAGAGCUCAAGCUCAGCAGACCCUACAAAAUGCCCUGAGACUUCAGAAGCUCAACACCAACGUGGCCAAGAAUAUCAUCAUGUUCCUGGGAGAUGGGAUGGGCGUCUCCACGGUGACGGCCGCCCGCAUCCUCAAGGGCCAGCUCCACAACAGCCCUGGGGAGGAGAGCAGGCUGGAGAUGGACAAGUUCCCCUUCGUGGCCCUCUCCAAGACAUACAACACCAACGCUCAGGUCCCUGACAGCGCAGGCACCGCCACUGCCUACUUGUGUGGGGUGAAGGCUAAUGAGGGCACUGUUGGGGUGAGCGCAGCGACCCAGCGCACCCAGUGCAACACGACUCAGGGGAACGAGGUCACCUCCAUCCUGCACUGGGCCAAGGAGGCUGGGAAAUCCGUGGGCAUUGUGACCACCACGCGAGUGAACCACGCCACCCCCAGCGCCGCCUACGCCCACUCUGCCGACCGGGACUGGUACUCGGACAACGAGAUGCCCUCGGAGGCUCUGAGCCAGGGCUGCAAGGACAUUGCCUACCAGCUCGUGCACAACAUCAAGGACAUCGAGGUGAUCAUGGGGGGCGGCCGGAAGUACAUGUUCCCCAAGAAUAGAACCGACGUGGAGUAUGAGAUGGACGAGAAGGCCAGGGGCACGAGACUGGAUGGCCUGAACCUCAUCGACAUCUGGAAGAGCUUCAAACCCAGGCACAAGCACUCUCACUACAUCUGGAACCGGACCGAACUCCUGACCCUGGACCCCUACACCGUGGAUUACCUCUUGGGUCUCUUUGAGCCGGGGGACAUGCAGUACGAGCUGAACAGGAACAACGUGACCGACCCCUCGCUCUCCGAGAUGGUGGAGAUGGCCAUCAAGAUCCUGAGCAAGAACCCCGAAGGCUUCUUCCUGCUGGUGGAAGGAGGCAGGAUUGACCACGGGCACCACGAGGGCAAGGCCAAGCAGGCACUGCAUGAGGUGGUGGAGAUGGACCGGGCAAUCGGGCAGGCGGGCGACAUGACCUCCCAGGAAGACACGCUGACCGUCGUCACUGCUGACCACUCCCACGUCUUCACCUUUGGCGGGUACACUCCCCGUGGCAACUCCAUCUUUGGUCUGGCCCCCAUGGUGAGCGACACGGACAAGAAGCCCUUCACUGCCAUCCUGUAUGGCAACGGGCCUGGCUACAAGGUGGUGGGCGGUGAGCGAGAGAAUGUCUCCAUGGUGGACUAUGCUCACAACAACUACCAGGCGCAGUCCGCCGUGCCCCUGCGCCACGAGACCCACGGUGGGGAGGACGUCGCCGUCUUCGCCAAGGGCCCCAUGGCGCACCUGCUGCACGGCGUCCACGAGCAGAACUACAUCCCCCACGUGAUGGCUUACGCAGCCUGCAUUGGUGCCAACCGAGACCACUGCGCCUCUGCCAGCUUGGCGGGCAGCCCCUCCCCAGGCCCCCUGCUGCUCCUGCUGGCCCUGCUCCCCCUGGGCAUCCUGUUCUGAGGGCCUGGGGCCCGGGCACCCACCAGCCCGUGACAGAUGGCCAGCUUCCCUCUCCCAGCGCGGCCCACCGCCCAGCAGCCCACUCCUCGAGGGGCGGGGAUGCAGAGGCCUCCACAGCCCCUGCAGCUGCCGGAAAGGAGACCCAGGAAACCAAAGGCUGCUGCCCGCCUCGGUCUGCUCCGGAAUCCUCCACCGGGGCCAGACCAGCUCCUGGCCUCUGCCCCUCCCCGCUGCUCCUUUGGCCAACAGGGUAGCUUCUCUCGGGCAGGCAGAGAGCACAGACUGCAGAAAUUCUCAAAGCAUCUUAUUUUUCCAGCAAACAUAUUUCUUCCGACUUGGAGGCCCUGGAGCUUCCAUGGAACAUUCCGGAUCUUACUCUCCCAUUCUCCUCUCCUUUCCUCUGGAACCACCUGGCCCCACCAUGCUCAUGUCCCUACCUGCAGGGGAGACCAAGUCCUUCUCCUCAGGAUGGGGUUUGCUCACUCGCUCAUCCCAAGGCCGUCCAGGGCUCCCAGGAAGUCAACUGCUGGGACUAGCCGGCCAACGCCAGGGGGCCCGGGCUGGCCCGGCUCUGAACAUACACGCCAGCUGCUCUCUGAAGCGACUCUCCUGUUUGGAACGGCAAAAAAAUUUUUUCUCUUUUUGGUGUUGGUUAAAAGGGAACACAAAACAUUUAAAUAAAACUUUCCAAAUAUUUCUGAGGA